UUGCAGUGGUUUUUGUUCUUUACAACGAAGGGAUAAUGCCAGGUAAUCAGCCGGAUGAUACAACUGAUGAAGAUGCGACCGAAUUGAAAUUCCCGAAAGAAUUUGAACAAGCCGAUACUUUGUUAACAUCGGAAGUGUACUUACUGUUAGAACAUCGACGCCAACAAAGUGAGCAGAAGGAGGAAAUUGACGAGAUGAGUGAUGUUUUCGUGAAAACUUUAAAUUAUACGCGACGAAUGGCACGGUUUAAAAAUAGGGAAACGAUUCGAGCUGUUAGAACUUUGCUGGCAACGAAACCGCUGCAUAAAUUUGAGGUUGCACAGAUUGCUAACCUGUGUCCAGAAACAUCUGAGGAAGCAAAAGCUUUAAUUCCCAGCUUGGAAAACAAAAUGGAGGAUGACGAGCUGGACGAGGUGCUAAAAGAUUUGCAUAGCAAAAAAACGUUUCAAUAAUUAUUACUUGGGACAAGUGCACUUUUUCUGUACAUUAUCAAGAAAUGUUUUGUUGAUGCUGUUAAAUGGUCAAGAAAGAGAAGGAAAUAAAAACCUUCCUAGCAUAUAAAUAUUUCGGCAAUAUGUUGUCGUGGAACAAUAAAAAUCGAUUUGGAAUUUUAAUAAUUACCUUUUUAUUAGCCUCAUCAAUAACUUCUAUCUGCAGGAACGUUGAUCGCUGUCAGUUUUGUUGAUUAUUGCGGAUUUCUAGAUACUCGGCUUUUUCAUUGGAAAUUUCAUAGAAAAUCGGAAUCCAAAUGACUCGGGAAUAUUCGAAUUACUGAAGAUUUUAGAAGAGUUAGAUGUAAUGACAUGGAAAUUA